GGAAGGGGGGCUUUUAUUGAGAGAACAAUUGGUCCGAUAAUUGAAGGAAGGGGAGGUUUGCCCGUCCUCGCUGCUUCCCCAGGUGUUUUUGCGUUGCGGAGCUCUUGGAGCUCGCACCCGCAUAGCCAGGCAGGCAGGGAGCUACGAUAACCUACGCUAACCUCGGUCGCCAGCCGCGUUUGGAAACGGUCUCGCGGAGGAUCCUUGGCCGGCGAGUUCUGAGUCCUUGAAAGGAGCGGCAGCGAAAGAAAGGGCAGAACACGAGCCAGAGGAAUGCGAAGUGCAUGGUGCGGCACCGUGAUUGGUUUGGAAGGCCAGCGGGAUUUGAGUUUCCAGAGUUUCCAGUAGCGGUAUGGUGGUGCUGGUGCAGAUCGAAGAGCGGUAGGGUGGAAACACCGUGGCGGGUUGCCAUCGUUGGAAGCGGUUUUUUGAUUGGGAACCUUAGGUAGGCCCUCGGGAAUGGCGUCGCAACAGAGUAUCCGGAAAGCUCUGGGUGCGAUCAAGGAUUCCACGAAAGUCGGUCUCGCGAAAGUUAACAGCACGUACAAGGAACUCGACAUCGCAGUGGUGAAGGCAACGAAUCAUGUGGAGUGUCCCCCUAAGGAGAAGCAUGUUCGGAUGAUCUUCCUGGCUACUUCUGCAUCAAGGCUUCGUGCAGAUGUGGCAUACUGCAUUCAUGCUCUUGCGAGGCGAAUUGCCAAGACUCACAAUUGGACGGUCGCACUGAAGUCGAUGAUGGUUAUCCAUCGGACGUUAAGGGAAGGGGAUCCGACGUUUCGUGAAGAGCUGAUUAAUUAUGGGCGGAACAGGGGCCACAUCCUGAACCUCUCGAAUUUUAAGGACGACUCAAGCCCUCAUGCUUGGGACUACUCAGCAUGGGUGCGCACGUAUGCAUUGUUUCUUGAGGAGCGUCUGGAAUGUUUUCGCGUUCUGAAGUACGAUGUUGAGUCUGAGCGCCCAACUGGACAUAGUAGGACAAGAGAGUUGGACACCGUGGAAUUGUUGGAGCAUUUACCUGCUCUACAGCAGCUCCUGUUCCGACUGAUGGGUUGUCAGCCUGAAGGAGCAGCAAUCAGCAACUACGUAAUCCAGGCUGCUCUGGGUCUGGUGUUGAAGGAGAGUUUUAAGUUGUAUCGUGCAAUCAACGACGGAAUCAUCAAUCUGGUGGACAAGUUUUUCGAAAUGCAGCGACAUGAUGCUGUCAAAGCACUGGAGAUUUACAAGAGAGCUGGACAACAGGCCGAAAGACUGUCAGAUUUCUACGAGGUUUGCAAGGGAUUGGAUCUUGCCCGCAGCUUUCAGUUCCCUACUCUGGAGCAGCCUCCUCAGUCUUUCCUGACAACGAUGGAGGAUUAUGUGAAAGAAGCUCCUCGUGCAGGAGCAACGUUGAUGUUGAAGAAUGAGCCAGAAUAUGGAGAGAGGAGUCCACCCCGUGCAUUAGAAGAACCUGCGCCUCCCAGUUACAAGGAAGAAGAUUACGAGGAGGAGCCAAAGGCUUCGGUUCCCGUUCCCGAGAAGGAGCCAGAGCCAGCUCCUGAGCCGGCCGUGGUGGAACCAAUGGGGAAUCUUUUGGACUUGGAUUCGGAUUUACCGAAUGCUUCAGCUUUGGAAGAGGCGAAUGCUCUGGCUUUGGCAAUUAUUCCAGAUGGUCAAAGUGCAAACGGAAAUGCUGGGCCCACUUUCGAUGUAAACGACCCUGCUGGUUGGGAGCUCGCGCUGGUGACGAACCCUACAGACAGCGCGACUGCUGCCACGAAGCACAACAACCUGGCUGGUGGGUUUGAUAAGUUGACGCUGGACAGCCUAUACGACGAUGCGCUGCAUAAGCGCGGGGCGAACGGAGCAGUUCCAAACAGUUACAACAUGGGAAUGAACGGCUCGGGUCCCAACCCGUUUCAGGGACCAGGAAUGCCACCGCAACACAUGGACCCGUUCAUGGCCUCUGGACAGUAUGCACCUACGACCAACGUGCAAAUGCAGAUGAUGCAGCAACAGCAAGCUAUGAUGAUGCAGCAACAACAGCAGCAGGUGAUGGGGAUGGGGGCAGGCACUCCAAUUCCUUUUGGAAAUGCUAAUCCGUUUGGAGGACCUGUAGGUGGUACAUACCCUUACGGGGCUCCUCAGCCUGCACCCGUGCCUGGCCAACUGGCUCUGCCUGCACCACCUCCUGCGUAUAGCAAUCCAUUUGGGAACCCUGGGUUACUGUGAAGUAUUGUGUUAGUCACGGGGGAUUCAGCUGUGAUGGCCUACGCAAGAUUGCAACUCCCGGAACCAUCGGUUUUUGAUUGUGGCAGUGCACAGUCAUAUUGAUGUAGGCGAUUGACAAACUGGUAACGAAAAAUUUUCAUUUAUCUGGCUCGUCGGAUGAGUCAUAUUAGAGACACAGGAAUGUUCUAUAGCUGAGGAGUUUUGUAUAGGUGGUACAUUUUCACACGUAUUGUGUGUGGAGAGAGCGAGAGAAGUUAGCAUCAUUGCAAGACUGGAGGAGAGUUCGCUGUGGAACGGUGCCAAUUCUGGUGCCAUUGUGAGUCCAUCACAGUCGACUAUAGUCGAAUGUGGUCAUUUAUUUUCAUGUGUUAGUGGUUCAAGCUCAGGUUUGGGAGACUUGUAUUAUAAGUCAAUUCAGUCCUAAGAAAUAGUCCUUUGAAUUCCAGUUCUUGAUAUUCUCUACAUUAUUAGUUAUUUAUUCCAGUUUUAUGCCAAAGUGGGUUAUCAUUUAUUUAACGUUUUUAUAAGCCAAA